CCAAAAUGUUCAUUACAAGCUGUCAUGACUGGGAAAAGCCCAUUGAGGUGCUAUAAAAGCAGGUGUGCUGAAAUGACAUUUUGAAGAAGUCACAACUGACAGAGAGAAGGCACAUAGAAGAUGGCUAAAGCUGCAGUCCUCAUAGCCUCAUUUUUGUUUGUGGCUUUGACUAUGUUUUGUGAAGAAACCACAGCAGAUUAUGAAGGCUGCUGUGUCUCCUAUUCCAAAUACCAGCUGCCUUUCAUACGAAUUAAGGGCUACUCCAUUCAGACGCCCCAGGAUUAUUGUGAUAUUCCUGCAGUUGUGUUCCACACAAUUAAGGGCAAACACAUUUGUGCCAACCCCAAAGACACAUGGGUGGAGAUUCGAAUUCAGCAACUCAUGAACAAAGUAAAGAAGAUGACUUAGAAGCAAAUAUCACACUAUGUCUCAAUAGACUUGAGAUGAAACUAAGAGUGCAGCUUUUAUCAUAAACAGUAUUUUAAAAUAAGCAUUCUGCAUUUUAAGCAGAACAAAAACGUUAUUUCAUUAUUGAAAUCAAAAUGUAUUGUUUCUUUAAAAACAUGUAAAAGGCCUAUUGACAAUGAAUGAACUGCCACUGAAUGUGAAAGCACAUAAGUAUAUUUUAAAAAUAAAAAACUGGGUUACAGGUGCCAGAGUGUUACUCACAAAGGAAGGUGCUUUGUUCUACUGUGCAGAAUCUGCAUCUAUGAAACAUUUUAUACAAAUGUGUGUACCGUAUUUAGUAAUCUUGAAACUCCACCUCAAAACAACACCUGAAAAUCAGACUGCAAAGCUUAAUUUAGCUGUUAAGUUUGAGGUCAAUAAGCUCAAAAUGAAUUGGGGGGCUCUGUGAUGGGCUGGCAUCCUGUCUUGUGUUGCUUGGGUAAUCUCCACUGCCCUGUGACCCUUUACUAGACAAAGAGGAUGAAACUUUAUGUCUUCUUUUAAGAGUUUUUUAAGAGUUUCACAGCCCAUGUUUCUGGCUUGAUUGAUGUUAAUGUUGACUUAACUUGAAAAGAAAUAAAGUUAUUUUUAUUCUUUA